CCUCCACCGCGGUCCAUGAGCAGUCCCCCUGUAGCCCCUCCCCCUUGUGUCUCCUUCCCUCUCCUUGUCAGUCAUGUUUUUGGGAAGCGGGUCACCGACCUCGUGCAGUGUCUGAUUUCUCGUAGAGUGAUCCAGGACCGCGCUGAAGUGUUUUUUAGAGGACUGACCAUGUCACAGGUCUUCUGGACCUUAUCUUUCCUUCUGCUGCUUCACCACACCUGGGCAGAUGUUUUCCUCCAGAGUCAAGAUGCCAAUCGGGUCCUCAAACGAUGGAAGCGAGCCAACAGCCCGUUUGAGGAGUUCCGACAGGGCAACAUGGAGAGGGAGUGUGUUGAGGAGGCCUGUGAUUACGAGGAGGCCAGAGAGAUAUUUGAGCAUCCUGAGAAAACGGAUGAGUUCUGGAAUGUGUAUCAUGAUGGAAAUGCGUGUGACUCUCAGCCAUGUAUAAAUAAUGGCCAGUGUAAAGACGGACUUGGGAAAUACAACUGUUUCUGCCCACAAGGAUUUCAUGGUUACAACUGUGAAUUUGCCAUCCCUCAGAUGUGUGAGAAUAACAACGGCGGCUGUGACCACUUCUGUCACGUCAUAGAUGAGAACAUUGGAUGCUCAUGCGCUCAGGGCUACACGCUGGCUUUAAAUGGCAAAGACUGCCACUCUGAUGAUCCUUUUAAGUGUGGUGUUAUUCAUCCAAAAGAAAAGAAGACCAGGACAAUCUUCUUUCACAUCCCAGAUGAUGACAACACCACACAGAGCGCAACUCCUCCACCAACAACAGCGCAACGUUACGAGACAGCAGCCAAUUACAGCGCUGACACUGACUAUGACAUGGCUAAUGGCACCGACAGUGCGUAUGACACGGGCGACGACUUCCUUCCUGAGUCCGCUGGGUCAACACGUGUUGUUGGAGGAGAAGACUGCCCUCCAGGGGAAUGUCCCUGGCAGGCUCUUCUGAUGAAUGAAGAAGGACUUGGCUUCUGUGGAGGAACCAUCCUCAACGAGUACUUCAUCCUCUCGGCUGCCCACUGUAUGAACCAGUCCAAAGCCACAACAAUAGUUCUUGGUGAGUUCAACAUCAACAAGGAAGAGGGCAGAGAGGCCAAACAUGAGGUAGAGCUCUACGUGACGCACAUGAACUACAUCCCCGCCACCUACCACAACGACAUCGCCCUCAUCAAGCUCAAGACCCCUAUAAAGUUCAACAAGUACAUUCUACCCGCUUGUCUCCCGGAGCGUGAUUUUGCAGAGCGAGUGUUGAUGAACCAGAAGGAGGGAAUGAUGAGCGGCUUUGGUCGCCUCGGUGAACGCAGCGCGCAGACCACUCUUCUGCAGAGGCUGACCGUCCCCUUUGUGGACCGGGCCAGCUGCAUAGAGUCCAGCUCAUUUAAAGUGUCCAAGCACAUGUUCUGUGCUGGGUAUCUGGAGGCGGGCAGGGACGCCUGUCAGGGUGACAGUGGCGGACCGCACGUGACACGUUACAAGGACACCUGGUUUGUGACAGGUGUGGUGAGCUGGGGCGAGGGGUGCGCUCGCGAUGGAAAGUACGGAGUGUACACACAGGUGUCCAAGUACAUCAGAUGGCUGAACCAGCUGAUGAACCACAUCAUGACGUUAAAGAACAGGAGGAGGAGAGAUGCAUUGUACAAUGUCACAUAUGUCUGAGAGAGUGUAAAAGAUACAGACUGAAACCAACAGGGAGAUACAGUAUGUCACUGCUCAUGACACGAUGGCAAUGAUGUUUGCGAGAUUAAGUUGAAUAAAAUAAAUCACGAGUCAC